AUGAGAUCUGGGCCUGGCAGUAGCCAGACCAAGUGCCCCGAGCCGCUGCCCAAGCCAUGCCCCGAUCUGUGGCCCCUGCCCUGCCCGGAGCCGCUGCCCCACCAGCAGCAUCAGCAUCAGGACGGCAACGUGGUGUACGAGCGGGUGAGGACCUAUAGCUGCCCCGGGGGCAAGCGGGUGCAGGUGCUGGAGCCCCCUCCGUGCUCCCCCAGGCCGGUGUCCCCGCUGGAGAACGCGUCAGGCCACCAGCAUGUCAUCUGGAGCCGCGACCCGCCUCAGCAGUUACAGGAGCCAUUGUCUCCAUUUCUGAGAGGAGGAAGUUACUGCCCAGGGAAUAAUGUUAUCUAUGAAAAGACAAUAAGAAAAUAUGAGUUGCUAAAUCCUGAACAGGAGAAACAAUACCAGUUUUCCCACCAGUCCAACCAAUCCCAGGUUAGCCAGGUAUGCCAGCAUUCUGAACAGCCCCAAAUCAUCCACCAGUGCCGAGAAACACAAAGUUGCAGUCCCUGCGAAGUAAGCUCAAUCUCUGUGAGUGAUGGUGGAAGUGGAAUGAACACAGUGCAGAGGGUAACAAUCCGAGGCUGCGAAGAAGUACCAGUACACAGUCUUCAAGAAGCUAAUGGGCAGCUGGACUCCAGAUAUUUUGGCGAGCUACUUGCUGAAGUGAACCGCAAGAGCAAUGACCUGUACAGCUGUUUACUGCAGCAUGUGGAAAAGAUAGGAAGAAGGACACAGGACAAUGAAUCUACACGUCAAGUAGAAGAUAUUGAAGGUUUGAUUCCCAAAGGAUUGUCAGAGUUGACAAAGCAGCAAAUUCGCUAUCUCCUGCAGAUGAGAGUGACAUCCGAUAAAUCACUGCGACUUGUACUUUCCACUUUUGGCAGUUUGCGCGAGGAGCUUUGCCAUCUACAAGAUGACUUAGGGAAAUUGGAAACUGACAAGAUGUUACUAGAGAAAGAUCUGGCUUUUAAAGAAUCUCAGGUGAAGGAGUAUGAAACACUGUUGGCAUCUGUGAGAGAGAAUAAUCGCCAACAGCAGCAAGGACUCAGAGACAGUGCUUCAAAAUGUCGUUCAUUGGAGGAACAGAUCAUCUCUCUCCGGUAUGCUGAGGGAGAGAAGGACUGUCGGUUAAAAGAACUGGAAUACUGCAAGCGUGCCUUGGAACAAGAGAUCCAGAACCUGAGAAUGCAGACCUGUUCUAAUCCAGUGAUACAAACCACCACAGAUGAGCUCUCUAGUCGUUACGUGGAGAUGAUUAACAACCUGAGAGAGGAUAAAGAUAGAGAGAUCCGCAAUCUCAGGUCGCAGCUAAACCAGUUCCAGCAAGAUAUUUCAAGAAGAGAUGGAAGUAACAGUGACUUCCAGAUGAGGCUGCAUGAACUUACUUCAAUGUUAGAAGAGAAGGAGACUUUUAUUAAACAGCAGCAAGAGGAACUCUUUAGGUUGAAGCAAGAAAGAUUCUCAUGCAAUGAAUCCACAGGUGUAACAAAGUCUAUCAUCACAAAAAAGUACAUGAACCAAUAUCCAAUCCUUGGUCUCCUGUCUGAUGACUACAUGGUUUCAUCACCAGUUAGACAAACAGAGACUAUUGUAAUUGAGAAGACUGAAGCAAUGUAG